GUGAGAGAGAGAGAGAGAGACAGAGAGAGAGGAGGGGGGGGAGGCUAUUUGGCAUAUUUGGCAGGAGAGGGAAGAAAGAAAGGAGGGAGGGCUGCUUUUGAGAGAGUGUGUGUGUGCCUGAGAAAUGAGAGAGAGAGAGAGAGAGAGAGAGGGAGGAGGGUACUGAGCUGAGAGAAAUCUGUCAGAUUCAAACACACUGCUCUGUGUGUGUGUGUGUGAUAGAGAGAACGAGAGAUGAGAAGAGAGGAGGAGAGCUGAGGAACAGAUAGAAAGAGACAGCAGAGGACCACAAAGUGAGGCCCGUUCACCUAUGGAUCAGCAUUCAUAUCGGAAACCUAAGGGAUUCCAUGACCACAUCGACCCAACUGACAUCCCCGCAGAGCGCAGCACAUCGACACUGAUGCCGAUGCUCUGCACGCAGCUGUAGAACAGCAAGGCCAAGGGGGUCAGAGGUGGAAGGUCACAGACUACAGAGCCAGAGCAGGAACUAAGGUUAAAAGGUGCCAGGAGGCGUGACUGAGAGGCUACAAGAAGAAUCAGAGAUCAGGAAGGAAGGUCUCAGUGACAGAGUCAAGGGUCAAAGAUGAUGACAUCACAUGGAAAGCUAAGGAAGGAGAAGGGGAGUCUGGCCGAGUACGAAUCGCAGAUGAAAGACCUGCGGGCCCAGCUGACAGACCAGAUAAAGAUUUUAGACUCUCAGGUGGAGGUGAAACAACAGCAGCUCUCAGACCUCUCUGAGUUUCUCCGGCGCCGAGGAGACAUUGAGGCUGAAUAUGCGCGCGCCCUUGACAAACUCACCGAGCGAUUCACCCACAAGACUAAGAAGAAGGAGCAGUGGGGUCAGUCUGUGUGUCAGGUCUGGUCUGUUUUGCUGACUCAGACUCGUCUGGAGAGCCGGGAACAUGCAGCACUGGGUGACACCUGCUGCAACACACUCACACAGCGGUUGGCGCACAGCACGGAGGAUACACACCGUCUGCACAAACGAAGCAAAGAAGUUGGCAUCCAGAUGCAAGAUGAGUUGCUUAAGGUCACCACUGAACUGCAGACGGCUCUGAAGACGUACAACCAGUACCACACAGACUGUCUGAUAGCUGAGGGGAAGCUGAAGGAAGCCGAGCGGUUGGAGGAGAGACACACCGGCAAGUCAGCUGAGCUCGGGCCCGGCCAAUCAGGGGGGCAGAGGCGGAGCUCGGUCAAGAAGAUGGAGAGAUUAAUGGAGAAAAGGCAUGGCAGAGUGCAGGAGACCCAGCUGAAGUGUACCAAAGCUCGUAAUGACUACCUGCUGAAUCUAGCAGCAGCCAACGCCGCCAUGAACAAGUACUACCUGCAGGAUAUCAGCACUCUCAUCGACUGCUGUGACUUGGGUUUCCAUCUGUCCGUGGAGAGGGCGAUGAAGUGCUACCUGGCCAGUAGGUGGCGCAUCCAGAAAACAGAGGAGACAGGUCUCAAGCAGCUGGAGGCUGCCGUGACUUCCCUGGACCAGGGCGGAGACAGGGAUGCAUUGCUUCAGCAACAUGACGCCGCCUUCUGCCUUCCAUUCAGAUUUAACUACCAUCCACACGAGGGAGACCAGGUGUGCGAGGUGAGCGCGGAGAGCCAGGUGAGGUACGAGCUGGAGACCAGGUUCCAGCAACUUCAGUCUCGACUUGCUGCCGUUACCUUGGAAACAGAGGAGGUCAGUAAAACACUUAAAGCCACGCUCACAGCCCUGCUGGACAAUAUGUGUGAAAGCGACUGUAACCCCUCCCCCGACGUGCCAAGCAGCCUAUCACACGAGCCCCCUGGAGGAAACACCGCCCAAAAACUUACCCUUGCGAAGCGUCGAGCCAAUCAGCAGGAGACAGAGACCUACUAUUUUACAAAAGUGAAGGAGUUCCUUAUCAGCAGUUCUCUGACCUUCAAACUUCAAGCCAAACAUGACAUUCUACACGAUGCCAUACAGAAAGCUGAGGCUGUCGACAGUGACCCUUCCAGAAUGCAAUGUGCUCGGUCAGUGCGUGUACGGAAGUCCAGACCUGUUUCCCAAUUCUGCCACACACUCUUCACCACAGACAUAAUCUCCUACAUACAGAGCUCUGGGCAGCAGAUUCCUGUGGUGGUUGAAAGCUGUAUCCGUUUUAUAAACCUUCACGGCCUCCACCACGAAGGAAUAUUCAGAGUUCCUGGGUCACAGCGGGACGUUAACCUCAUCAGAGAUGCAUUUGAGAGAGGAGAGGAUCCUCUGUCAGACAGUGAGUGUGACCUGGACUCUGUGGCCGGUGUGUUGAAGCUUUACUUCAGGGGCCUUGAGCCUCCUCUCUUCCCUUACGACAGCUACUCUCAGCUGCUGGAGUGUGUCCAAAUCGAGGGGGUGACAGAGAAAGCUGCCCAGAUUAAAGCGAUUGUCUCCACCUUCCCACGGCCUCUCCUCAUCGUGAUGCGCUACCUGUUCGCCUUCCUCAAUCAUGUGUCUCAGUACAGUGAUGAGAACAUGAUGCAGCCCUACAACCUGGCCGUUUGCUUCGGUCCCAGCCUGCUGAGGGGUUUGGACUCUGAUGACGCUGUUGCUCGGCAGCCACAGGUCAACGAUCUUGUCAAAACCAUGAUCCUCCAACAUGACAUCAUCUACCCCAGCCAGUCAGAACUGCCUGGCCCCGUCUAUGAGAAGCACAUGACUCUGGAGCAGGAGUACUGUGAACCAAUCACAGAGGAAGGAGAUGGAGAGACUGAGCAUCUGCCCAGUGAGGACGAGUGGGAGGCAGUGGCUAUGUUUGACUACACGGCGAGAUCUCCUGCAGAGCUGUCCUUCAAGCAGGGAGAGCUUCUCAUCCUUCACAGCAAGGCCUCCUGUGACUGGUGGAGAGGCGAAGUGGGAGGGGUCAAGGGUCUCAUUCCUCACAAGUACAUCAGCGUGCUGGACGGGUCAGAGCGAGGGAAAAGAGAGGACGGAGGAGGAGGAGGAGGAGGCAGCACUGGAAACCUGACAGCAGAAGAUCCACAGACGGAGAACACAACUCGAAUGCGGGUGAACAGCGACAGUGCUUCGUUGCCUGGGAGACAGAGAGGAAGUGAGGGGAGCCCCAAUCGAAAGCCGCCAACCUCUCCUGCCACACGACACCUGCCAGUGUCUCAGGAGCGAAGACACACUUUGGACACUGUGAGACAGGGCGGCUUCAGACCCCCAGACAGACCUCCAUUUGGUCAGGCAGACAGACCAGUAGUGGACAAGGAGAUGAUCAGUCGUCAGAUGAACUCAGUGUUCAAAGAGCUCCUGUCUCGCCAGCCUGCCGUGCCGCCGUCCACCCUCAACGCCCCUGCUCCCUCCUCCGCCUCCUCCUCCUCCUCCACUCUUCCUCAAGCUGCCCCCGCUGCCAAAAAAGUAGGAUUUGGCCUCAGAGGAAGGGCCCUUUUCAGACCGGUGGACUGAGAGAGAGGAGAGCCGAUGAGUGGAAUUAUUGAUUUAUUGUUUGACCAUGAUGAUUAUGCUGAUGCAUUUGGUAGAGAUCUUGAUUCAUUUUUUCAACACAUGUAUAAUAUUUGCGUCUCUGCCAUCUCAUAGUGCCACUAGUCUCGGUGCCGUGUUACUGUACGUCCAGUGUGUCUGUUUUCCGGCUGGUUUUGGUCUCUUUAUGUUCUGGUCUAUUUUUGUUCUCCAGGCUUUUGUAAUUUUUUUGGAGAAUCAGGGAUGUGACAUCACGAGACUGACUUUUUAAAAGUAGUUGCCAUAAUACUUACAACAACAAAAUACUUACACUGCCCCCUAGUGGCAGGUCUGAGAUCAGCCCACCCUUAUAAUGUCUGCUUCAUUUUAAAACAAAUACUGAUCCGGGGCCUGAGUGCCUUCACAUUUUUUACUUGUCACAUUUAUUUCACCUGAAUAAAUCUGAUAGGUUUGAACUCUGCAUAUUAUGUUAUAUAAAAGUCAUUUUGAUGAAGGAAGGUGUUUAUGGAACCCUGAAGUGUUCAACAUUAAAUAAGACGUUAUGAAAUAAAUAAACAUAUGAAGAAACUGUGUAAACUACAUAAAUGAACUAACAUUUUUAUGAAAUAAUGAAGGAAGUUGUUAAAACUCAACUCAUUAUUUUGAAAUGUUAUGCUUAUACUUAAGUCAUUAAGUCACUAAGUAACUUAAAUUUUGUAAUCAUUUGAUUCUUUGCCUCUGGUGAGAGCUUCUAUAUAUGAGCAUUUGCCUUUUGCAUGUCUUUAUACAUUUCUGAUGAUGAAUGCUUGACAGAUGACAGAUGAUUAGACUGGCAGCUGCCAUAGCUGCGGACACUUAUCCUUCCAAGACGGCGGUGCUGCCCCAGAAUACUCCACAAUUACCUAUACUACUUACAAUGAAAUAACAUUUCAUAAUAAUGAACAGAGUUUUAAUAAUUUCUCAAUCUUUGUUUUGCAAAUCACUGUUAAUGUUACACAAUUUACCCAUGUGAAUAUUUAUUUUAUAAUUAUUUAUUUAUUUAUUCAUUGAAAAUUGAAUAUUUCCGAACCCCAUAAAUGUUAGCUGGGAAGACUGUAAGCAGUGGGGUCAGUACUUUAUAGCAGCAUGCAGCAUUAGCACACACACACACGCACACACACAAAGAUGGAAACACAUUCCCCUUCAUAUGUGACACAUGGCCUGAUACACAGGCCAAAACUCAGGGCUUUUGCAGAGUUAGAGCCGGGCUAACUCAGGUUUGGCUUCAAAGGAAUAAGUAAGAGUUUCUCACUCAGGGCUGUGGUUGACUUACUCUUCAACUGGAAACUGUGCCCUAGCCUCAAGAGCCAAAAUGUUCCCCACAUCAGAGAGGAUUCAGUGACUUCCUCUGGUUUAAACUGUGAAUGCAACGGCGACGUUUUGGAGCCACGAUGGAAACUCUUGUCUCAUUCAUCCACACAUUUUGGCGCCCCUCUGACUAUAUCUAGCACCAUCCACAGGUCCCAUUGUUUCAGGAUUUAUUUUGCAGUGAGGUGUACAAUUAUUUUGACUCCAAAAGCAUUUGAAAUGUUCUUACAUAUGGCAUCUCCCCUCUGUCGUGUUUCAGUAUUGGAAACAUAGAAGCGGAAUCCUUUUUCAAUUGAUUCUACUUCUAUGAUGAAAACUCCCUGUUAUUCUGGAUCACUGUUUGAUAAUGUCACUAAAUUUACUGUGUCCAGUUGUAUAUGUGGUAAAAAAAAAAGAAGAAGAAGAAUUCAAUAAAGAUGAUUAAGUGAUGAAUGAUAAA